ACUCUAAGAGCCCUCCUCUUCCUGGAAUCAAAGCCUGAUAACCCUCCCUGUUCUUCCUGCUCUCAGACACUCCUUGAAGCUGGUGGAGCAACAUCUGCUGGAGCUGAAAGCUGAUUGGCUGCAGCCUCUCUGCUCUGACACGUGAUUCGUAGAUCAGAGCUCAGAGCUGUUGCUGUUUUCAGGAAAUGAAACUCACACAGUCACUGUGACCGAGAGGAGAAAUGGAGCAGAACCAGCUGGACGGAGAAACCUUGUCCUGUUCGAUCUGUCUGGAUCUACUGAAGGAUCCGGUGGCUAUUCCCUGUGGACACAGCUACUGUAUGAAGUGUAUUAAAAACUUCUGGGAUGAAGAGGAUCCGAAAGGAAUCCACAGCUGCCCUCAGUGCAGGGAGACCUUCACACCGAGGCCCGUUCUGAAGAAAAACACCAUGUUAGCAGCUUUAGUGGAGCAGCUGAAGAAGACUGGACUCCAAGCUGCUCCUGCUGAUCUCUGCUAUGCUGGACCUGAAGAUGUGGCCUGUGAUUCCUGCUCUGGAAGAAAACUGAAAGCCAUCAAGUCCUGUUUAAUCUGUCUGGCCUCUUUCUGUGAGAAACACCUUCAGCCUCAUUAUGAUUCAGCUGCAUUUAAGAAACACAAGCUGGUGGAGCCCUCCAAGAACCUCCAGGAGAACAUCUGCUCUCGUCAUGAUGAGGCUGGUGGAGAAACCCUGGACUAGAUGAUGGAGGGAAUGGAGGCUGGGAUCCUGGUUGCUGAC